CUCUUGCUGUGUAUCCAGGUGGUCCAGAUGUGUUGGGACAACCAGCUGUAUGAUGCCAUGAUCUACGUGUUCAACAGGGGAAUGAAUGACUACAUCAACCCUAUGGAGAAACUCUUUCAGGUCAUCGGCCCCCCGCUGAGAGAAGGCAAGGCCCUCACAGAUGAACAGGUGGUGAUGGGUAACAAGCUGCUCGUUUAUAUCAGCUGCUCUCUGGCAGGCCGGGCCUAUCCACUAGGAGACAUCCCAGAGGACCUGGUGUCUCAAGUCAAGAACCAGGUGUUUGAGUUCCUGAUCAGGCUCCACUCUGCGGAGGCGGGUCAGGAGGAGGAGUUAUACCCUUACAUCAGAACCCUGGUCCACUUCGACACGCCAGAGUUCCUCAACGUUCUGGCCCUGACGUUCGAGGACUUUAAGAAUGACAAGCAGGCUCUGGAGUACCAGCAGAGGAUUGUAGACAUUUUACUGAAGGUGAUGGUGGAGAACAGUGAAUUCACCCCCUCUCAGGUGGGCUGUCUGUUUACCUUCCUGGCCCGCCAACUGGCCAAACCUGACAACACACUCUUCGUCAACAGGAAGCUCUUCGAUCAGGUUCUGGAGUUCCUGUGUAGUCCAGACGACGACUCCAGACACACAGAGAGACAACAGGUGCUGUUGGAGCUGCUGCAGGUGGGAGGUGUGGUCCAGUUUGAUGAGGGACGACUACUGGGACUGGCUGAGAAGGCAGAGUUCUACCAGAUCUGUGAGUUUCUGUAUGAGCAGAAGCAUCUGUAUGAUAAGGUUCUGGACUGCUACCUCAGAGACCCUCUGAGAAAGGAAGAGAUCUUUAACUACAUCCACAACCUGCUGUCCAUGCCUGGCUACAGCUCAGAGGAGAAACACUGUGUCUGGGACGCGGCCCUGCUGCACAUUGCGGAGCUGGUGACCCUUGACCCUGCCAAGUCAGCUGACCUGGUGGCCAUGCAUUUCCCUGAGGAAGUACGACCCAUCAUCACCAGACUACAGGAUGAUCUCCUAGUGUUCCAGUUCCUGAGGUGUCUUUUGGACCAGAGGGAAGGCCCUAAUCCCCAGGCUCUCCUAAGACUGAGCCCCGACCUGCAUGAGCUCCACAUCGGCUUGCUGUGCCGCUUCGGUCCCCGGCAGCUCACUGACUUCCUCAAGGCCUCUCAGGACUACAGACUAGAGGAG